AUGGGCUCCACACAAAGCAAAAUUGAGGACGCGGGCGACAACCACCCUGCGCGCUUCUACGACGGCUGCGCGAAGGUGCAGGAGGGCUGCUACACGGUGGCCGAGAUCUACUUCAACCAGGCCAUCGAAAACCACCCCGGCCACGCGUUCUGGACGGACUUGAUGGAGGUGACGGUGCCGAAGGGCGACCGAAGCAGCGAUCAGGAGGAAUCCCCUAAUAACGACGGUGAGCGGCGCGAGUUCGACAGGGCCUUCGGUGCCUCGGCACAAACUAGAGCAGCCGCUCGCACCCGCGGUACGUCCGUACAGGAGGGGAACGAGGGAAGCCGCCGUAUCGACGGCGUCUCCGCGGACUCGCCGCGGCAGGCUGCGCAGAGGAUCCCCAGUCUCGCCGGUGACGAGGAAACAGACUCGGUGACGCCCGAGGAAGCUGCGCGAGCCCCGGCGCUGGUGUUCCCGGUGGACCGGCGCCUUGUGGACUUGCAGGACUACGUGCGCAUGUUGAGCGACAUCGCUCGCAUGUACAGCCACAAGGCUGACGCUUCGGAGGGUGCCAGCUGCGAUAUGGCCCUGAAGCUGAGCAUGAUGUACAACUCCUACACCGCUGUGCGCCUGCAAACGAUGCUGCACCUCCUGCAGACACACUUUGCUGCACACAACACGGCGGGCGACGCGCAGGGCGAGGACAUGUUCGGUCUCUACGGCAAGAGCGGUGCUCAGCCCCAGUCACUACCUCCCAGAAACAAGAUGAACAUGAACAUUAAAAAAACUGCUGUGAACGGGACCGUCAACAACGACGUGGCCUCGCAGGAUGGACAGGACGACGCGGUUUGUUUGUUCUGGGAGUCGGUGCAGUUCUUCUGGAUGUCCAACGUGGUAUCGUACGUGACGACGGCCCUUCGCCUCAUGCGCUCAUCGGGCACAUCGGCGCCAUCUGCUACCUUCAAGGCGGUGUUCGACCUGUCGCUCACGUGCUUGGAGGCUGUGCGAACUCAGCUGGCGUCAACCGCGGAGGCGAACUCGCACAUCUACAUUGGAAACCUGAUGAGUGGAUUCAUUACGUUCUUGGGGAACAGUAUCAAGGAAUGCACUGAAUCUGACGAAGGUCCGGCUUCCUGGGCUCAGCGGAACGGCCGCGGCCACGCUAACACGCGCGCACCACGAGACGCGAAAGCCGCGUAUCUCCGUCUGGGCUCGUCGCCGAGCUUCGCGGAUGAUCAAGUGAACUUCUUCCGACGUGCCAAGCACUUCGCGGCACCGUCGAUUCCUCUUCUCGAUGUGGGGAAUCUUACGACCGUGGAGCUGGCGAUGGAGUUCGACACGCACAGCAAACGGGCGAUAGUGCUGAUGACGCCGAUGGAUCGGUGUUUCCCGUGGUACAUGAAUGUGGAUGUAAGGAACUACUUUGAAAGGCACGCCGCCUUCCCUGGCUGUAGCGCGUACCUCUUGAAGAUGUGCGGUGUGCCUGACGAUGCCACAAUGCGGGACUGGCGUCUGUUCGCUGCCACUGGACUGGAGGAGAUGUGUAUCAUCUUGUUCCGUAUGGCGGUGAUCACUGGUCUCAUAUUACACUUACGAGGCAAAUUCGCACAGUCGCAGGCGCUGUUCAAUGCAAGCACGCCGUUCGCGUUGAACAUGUACGGCUGCCGCACGCCCAUUUCGGAUCUCGUGGACGCACAGUUUAAGCAGCUUACAGAUAAUGCCACCAUGUGA